GGAUCGGCUAAUGCAGGCUUCGAUAGACUGUGCACAAAGCAUGAUGCUGGCGCCCUCUCUCAGGAACGGUACAUACUGCAGCAGGGUGUGGGACCUCAUCCUCUGCUGGCCCGACACCCCCGCGGGCGUCACCGCCACACAACCCUGCCCCGCGUAUAUCAACGGCUUCAACACUUCCGCCAGAGCUACGCGCGCAUGCCUUUCGGACGGCUCCUGGUAUAUGAAGCACUCCAGUAACAAAUCGUGGACGAAUUACUCCAGCUGUACUGUCCCUCAGUCCACAGAUGACGUGUUUGACAUCCCCGAGUUGGUGGCCGCCCACAUGUGGAGGAUACGCUUGAUUUAUAACAUAGGGUACGGAAUCUCCAUGGUGUCAUUGGUUUUGGCUGUGUUCCUGAUGUUUUACUUUAAAAAACUCCAUUGUCCUCGUAACACAAUUCACAUCAACCUGUUUUUGUCCUUCAUCCUCCGAUCAGCCGUGUCCUUCAUGAAAGAGAAUCUACUGGUACAAGGCUUGGGGUUCCAGUCUGACGUAAUCGAGACGGAAAGCGGAAAGCUUGAGUUCUCUCCUGACGGCCCGCACUGGGAAUGCCGGUUAUUCUUCACAAUAUUUAACUACAUUCUAGGUUCCAACUACAUGUGGAUAUUCGUGGAGGGUCUUUACCUUCACACUCUCCUGACAGUCGGAGUUUUCUCAGAGAAGAGCGGUAUCCGUUGGUACAUCCUGUCUGGAUGGUGUGGUCCGUUACUCUCCGUCAUACCCUGGGUCAUUGUUCGAGUGUUUUUGGAAAAUGAUCUAUGCUGGAAUACACACCAAACCCCCGGCUACUUUUGGAUCAUGCGGGGGCCGAUUGUCGCUACUAUUUUGGUUAACUUUUUAUUUUUCCUCAACAUUGUGAGGUUGUUGUUUACCAAACUGAACGCCGGAAAUUCUCAGGAAGCCCAAAAAUACAGGUACAGAAAGCUGGCCAAGUCCACGCUGGUUUUGAUCCCAUUGUUUGGAAUUCACUAUAUGGUGUUUCUAGGACUUCCUGAUCGUAUUGACGACAAUGGCAGGAGCGAAUUAGUCAAGCUUUAUUUUGAGAUGUUUUUUAACUCUUUUCAGGGAUUUUUCGUGGCUAUUCUCUUCUGCUUCCUGAAUGGCGAGGUUCAAGCGGAGAUUCUGAAGAAAUGGCACAGAUACAACUUAAGGCGAGCCCACGGGAGCGGGCGAAAUAGGAGUUACUGGAACACCGUGUCGUCUUACAUGACCAAACCCAGGGGCUCUUUACACUCUCUCCACUCCACCGUUGACAAGAGGGGAUCGGUGACCAGUCAAGCAAACGGAAGCUGCGCCACGGAAAAAAGCGAGCGCUCUUCGGGUGUUUCCGGAAAAAUCUCUUGGUGCCGGAAACUGAACUGUGCGGAUUUUCACAAAAAUUCAAAUAUUACGAAAAAGAAACAGUUUAAAACCAUUCCUGAGCAAGAGGAAAUGCAUCCUAUGGUGACAGGAAUGUCGUGGGCUAAUCGUGAAACAGAGCAAGACUACACCGGUGCAGAACAAAGCAGAAUAAGGACUGUCCAUCCACCAUUACGGAGGUGCGGUAACUCACCCGCAGAAAAUGUGAUGGCUCACGAGAAAUUAACCAUUGAUGACAAUUUGGAAAAAGAGAUUAUUCCAUUUGUGGAUUAAAAACAACAAUAAAUUAUCAACUGUGCAAGCUCAGAUACUUUUGGGUACAGAUGGAACUGAUACUGUGUCUUGCUGAACAGUUCUUAGGAGAAAGUUUAAUAUCGGGCCUUUCAAAUCUACCAAUAAUCAUUUUAUAUUCGCGCUGUAGCUCUGCCUUGAGCAAGAUCAUUAAACAUGAUGCCGUCAGAACCAGCUUGACUUUUAAAAGUUUUGACUGAAAAUUGGCUUUCUAAAAAGCUUGUUUUUUGGGGGGGGGAGGGGGGCACAUGGAACUAAAAUCUGGACUACCUAAGUAACAGAACUUUUUAAAACCAGAAACUAUGAAAUGACCUAUAAUAAAUCUAAAAAUCGCUUUAUGGGCUAAAGGCUAUGGGCUAUAGGUAACUGGAAUUCCCGGUGAUAAAUGUUUCAGUAUUUAUUAUAUGUU